AUGGACCGUGUUUGGGCCGACUUGGAGGCUGCGUUGGGCCUGGUCACCGGCGCCAGAAAUCAAGAGGGUGGGGCGGGGCGGGACGGGGGCGGGAUGGAGUUGGGGAACCCAGCCCAUGUGGGCCCUGGGGCCACAGAAUGCUGGCAACUGCUGCUCAAGGACCAGCAUGAGGGGGCCAGGGCCAGGGUGCUGCUUUUGGGAAUGCUGUACACCUCAGCCAUUGUGGCUUUUGUGCUGUGUAAGUGUUUACAGGGAAAAGAUGAAACUGCAGUUCUCCAAGAGGAGACAGGUCAGAAGCAACCAUUGCAGCUGGAGCAACAGCUGAUCCAGACAGAGCAGCACCUGGAAAAUCUGAUGGUCCAACUGGAUCCCCUUUUUGAGUGUGUGACUACUUUGGCUGGAGCCCAGUAGGAGCUUCUGAACAUGAAGCUAUGAACCAUGAAGCUGCUACAAGAUAGCAAGCCAGAUAAGGGUAUGGUGGCUUCAGAACCAGAGGCCAGCAUACCUUUUCCUGAGGACUUAUGUGUAAAGGAAGAUGAGGAGGAGGCUGCUGAUGGUCAGACCUGGGAGGAGCCCAUAAACUGGAGCACAGAGAUAUGGAAACUAGCUACUUCCUGGCAGGUGGAGCAGGUACUAAGGAGAAGAUGCAGCAAGGCUGUGGAAAAGGGCUCCAGUCACAGCCCCAGCUGGGAAGGAGGGACAACAGCUGAGGGUUUAACAAGGAGCUUAGAAUCCCUCAUGGACUCUCACUGCCCUGAGUCUGGCUGCUGUGAAGAUGACUUAUCAGACAUUCCUUUGGGACAGCAGGAUCAGGAUAAUGGGCAGAGGGGAGAGGAGAGUCCUGGUUCUCCCCGCUUUCUCCAUCCAAUCAGUGUUAGUUGUCUUUCCGUUUCCCACUAA